AUGUCCGCGACGGGAGCCACAGACUACCCUACGCGACGCCCAUGCGAUCGUUGCCGUCAUCGCAAGUCGCGAUGUAUAAAGGAACCGGGGAAAGACAACUGCACAUUCUGUAAUUUGAAUGGUCUUGAAUGCACAUUUCUUCAUGGUCCCCGACCGCGGAAAAGAACUGGGAAGUCACCGGGCACAGUAGAACCCAAAACGAAGAGACGUCGCAGCUCUCCAACGCCAUCCACAGCUGGUUCUUUCGAAGAACAGACCACCGCUGAUCGGAUAAAUUCACGCCUAGACGGUACGCUAGGCCUGGAGCUUCAUCUGCAUUCAGAGUACAUUGGCCCCGCUAGCUACCAUGAACCUGAACUUCUUGAUCUGCGUCCUUCGGCUAUCUCGCUCACCAACCAUGAGAGAUGCUAUCCGCGACGUGUGAACCAAUCCACCGCAUUCAUUACCUACCCUGACAAGGACUCUGCUUCUGAAAUGCAACGCAUCGCUGAUCUGGAUUGUAUUGAGGAAUCGAUACGUCCACUGGGGCCAACCUUGGUAAAUCUUUAUUUCCGCAUUAUGCACCGCACAUUCCCUAUCCUGGACAAAGGUGUGUUUCUGGAGAAAUAUGCUCGUUCCUACCGCGAGUUCUCACCACCACUACUCGCUGCCGUUUACUUGGUCGCGUUGGACUGGAAGCUCUUCGAUAGAACUCUCGCUACUGCAGCUUCAACACCAGAUGCCGCAGCCCUAGAAAAUAUGGCAACACGAGCCAUGGAUGACGAUUUGAAACGACCCAAACUUUCCACAUUACAGGCUGGCCUGUUAUUAUUACAAAGAAUGAAGUCUUCCCAUAGCACUCUUCCGGCUCAAUUGCUAUCCCUCGGGCAAACAUUGGGAGUUCAUAUCGACUGUUCAGAUUGGAAUAUCCCGGAAUGGGAGAAAGGCCUACGACGGCGUUUAGCUUGGGCCCUAUACAUACAGGACAAGUGGGGCGUUCUUGUGCACGGGCGACCAUCUCUCAUUCCCCAGAUUGACGAAGAUGAGGGUAAAAGCGACUGGGACGUUGCUGCAUGUACUGUUGAAGACUUUCCUGAAGAAGCGGCCGGACAAGAUGAGAAGGGGGACGGAGGUGUCGACGAAGCAGCCGGUCAGGCGGCAUUUCUACAAUCCAUUGAAUUGACCAAGCUUUUCAGCCGCAUCGUGUCCACAUUAUGUUCAAUCAGCGCAACCAAAAAAGGCGGAUUGCUUGAGAGAAUCGGACCGUCAGGGGUAAUGGAUCUGGCAAAACCCCUUGCCAUGGAGUUGCGGGAAUGGCAUACCGCACUGCCCGCUAGCCUCCAGCUAGAAUCAACGCCCUCGUUACGGCUAUCGACGAACGGCGCCUUGCAUUUGUCACAUAUGGCAACGGAGUUGACUAUUCACCGCGCAUUAUUACGUGUUCUGUCUCCAGAUACCACGCCUUCUCUUCGUUCGACGAUUCGAACCGCUGCUCGUGCCCGACUGACAGCGGCCAUGGGUUUGAUUGAAUCUUUUAAACCUGAACACAUUCAAUCAUUCUGGGGCUUUGCUGCCGCUGCGCAGGUGGCUUUGAUCGGCUCAUUUGCUGGUCUUCUGUGGGCAACAAGUUCUCAAAUGGAUGAAGCAGCUGGGUACGUCGAUCAACUCGAAAAGCUGCGCUGGAUCCUGCAGGUUCGGGCAUCCGCUGCUCCAUUUGCUCGCGAGGCACUUCGAAUGAUUCAAGAAGAGGUGGGUGAUUUGGCUGCUGUGAAGGCAGCCACUUUUCGAGACUCUUCAUUCUUACGCUCGACUGGCCUAUGA